AUGGUUGUGAAAUCAACACCAAAACGGUCCGUUCGCAUUUUGCUAGUGGGAGACAGUGGGGUUGGGAAAACUUCCCUAAUUCUAUCAUUGGUUAGUGAGGAAUUUCCAGAAAAUGUUCCACCAAAAGCAGAGGAAAUCACAAUACCAGCAGAUGUUACCCCAGAACAGGUCCCAACAAAUAUUGUUGAUUUCUCAACUUCAGAGCAGACUGACAUAGAAUUGAAUGAACAAAUUCGAAGGGCCAGUGUUGUGUGUAUUGUGUAUGCUGUUGAUGAUGAUGAUUCCAUUGAUAGAAUAACAUCACAUUGGAUGCCAUUAAUUAGACAGAAUCAUCCUGAUACACCAUGCCCAGUUGUAUUGGUUGGAAAUAAGAUUGAUCUUGUGGAAUAUUCCACUAUUGAUGGAAUAUUUGAAAUUAUGGAAGAAUUCUCUGAGAUUGAAACAUGUAUAGAAUGUUCUGCCAAAACUCUGAAGAACAUAUCAGAAAUGUUCUACUAUGCACAAAAGGCUGUACUUCAUCCUACAUCUCCAAUAUAUUCUGUAGAAAAAGCAGAUCUAACAGAUGCAUGCAAGAAAGCCUUGAUACGGAUCUUCAAAAUCUGUGACAUAGACUGUGAUGGCCUCCUCAAUGAUAUUGAACUAAAUAACUUUCAAAGCCGUUGUUUCAACGCCCCGCUACAACCGCAAGUUUUGGACGAUGUUAAAGCUGUAUUGAGGAAAAAUAUGGACGAUGGAGUCUGUCAGAACUGUGUUACCUUAAAAGGUUUUUUAUAUCUGCACAGUUUAUUUAUACAGAGAGGCAGGAAUGAAACAACUUGGACAGUUUUGAGAAAGUUCGGUUAUAAUGAUAAUUUGAAUAUGUCCAAAGAAUACUUGUUUCCUAGUUUGAAAGUACCAGUCGGCUCGACCACCGAACUCUCCCACAAGGGCCACCAAUUCCUCACGCACCUCUUCGAACGCCACGACAAAGAUCGCGAUAGAUCGCUCUCGCCCCCCGAAUUCGAGGAGAUCUUCGCCACCUGCCCCACCCCCGCGUGGGGGCCGGACGCCGCCGGCGCGAUGGUACCUUGCGACGAGCGCGGCUGGAUCACGUACCAGGGGUACAUGUGCCAGUGGGCGCUGAUGACGCUGGUCGACUUGCCGAGAACGUUCGAGUAUCUGGCCUAUUUGGGGUACAACGUGUUCGAGAACGAGUGUCAGACGACGGCGGUGCAAGUUACGAGAGAGAAGAAAUUGGAUAUGGCAAGAAAACAAUCUAGUCGAAAUGUGUAUCAGUGCCAUGUUAUUGGUCCUUCAGGGUCUGGAAAAUCAACUUUUUGUCGAAGUUUUAUUAAGUCAAAUCACGACCAAAAAACUAUACGUGAUGAUAAAUCAGGCACACCAAAUUGUACUGUGAACGUAGUACAAGUGUAUGGCCAAGAAAAAAUAAUGGUGUUAAGGGACAUCAACCUGCGAAAUGUCUCUGAUCCAUUGUUGCCACAUGAAGUUCAAUGCGACGUAGCUUGUUUAGUGUACGACGUUAAUAAUGAGAAGUCUUUCGAAUACGUAGCGAGAAUUUACAUAAAAUAUUUCGCGGAAAGUAAAAUCCCAGUACUGAUAGUUGGCUGCAAAGAUGAUAUGGAAGAGGUGAAACAAGAUUACCUGUUGCAGCCAGAUAAUUUUUGCCAAAAGUACAAAAUCUUACCUUUACAGAAAUUUAGCAUUAAGUGCCCACAUCGAAGGGAUGUUUUCAUCAAGUUAGCUACAAUGGCGGCAUUUCCUCCGUUGCGACGCAUGGUUCAUGCAUUACUUGUUCGCCCUCAGCCAAGCGAGUGGUUAGAUCAUUUCUACAGAAACUUCAGAGAGUUUGGUAUGAUUGCUGCAGAUUCAACAAUAUGGUGGAAAGCAGGGCUAAGCUUAGCAGCGAUUACAGCAUUGGGCAUGAUAGUAGCAAAAGUAUUGAAUACACCAGAUAAAGUCAGAUAG